AUGUCCUACAUUCUGUCAGAGGAAGACAUUGAUUUCGUCGUGAUCAACGGCGAUCUAGUCUCCGGGGAACGGACCCACAAAGCGGAUUCCAAGAAAUACAUUGCGGAUGUCGUCUCCCCACUCGUCGAGGGCGGCUACCGCUGGGCAUCGACCUACGGUAACCAUGACAGCGAGGUGAACCUCAACCCCAAAGAGGACAUGUACGAGGCCGAGAAGAAAUUCACCAAUAGUCUGACGCGGAGCGCCAUUUCCGGGGACGAAGCUGGAAUCACAAACUACUAUUUACCCGUGUUCUCCCACGGGGACAAGAACACCAGCACGCCAGCGCUCCUCCUGUGGUUCUUUGAUUCCAAGGGGGGCCACUAUUAUCAGCAAGAAGGGAAAGAGGGUCCCUCCGUUAAGAGGCCAAGUUGGAUCGAUGAAUCUGUUGUCGAAUGGUUCACAGAGACGAACAGCAAGUUGCUCAAAGAGUACGGCAAAGUCGUGCCGUCGCUCGCAUUCUACCAUAUCCCCGCCCAUGCAAUGCUGGUAGCGCAAGAGAGAGGUCGCCUAGACCCUCGCCGCACACCAGGCGCCAAUCGCGAGCGCGUCAACCCGCAAGGAACGGGCGAUUGGACAUAUGACAGCCAGGAUGUCAAGUUUAUGGAAGCCCUCCUCAACACCGAUGGAUUGAUCGCGGGCUUCAGUGGGCACGACCACCAAAACGAUUGGUGCUUCAAAUGGGAUGGCUCCCUGGUGGACCAUGAUCUAGCUGGAAAUGGGCUCAACAUGUGCUAUGGUCGCCAUACGGGCUAUGGAGGCUACGGCGACUUGACUCGUGGUGGACGGCAGAUUCUUCUCCAUGAGAGUAAUCUGGCCGAAGACACGCAGACUUGGAUUCGUUUGGAGGACGGACUAGUUCAAGCGAAUGUUACGCUGAACAAGACCUAUGGUCAGGAUCCAUAUAGUGUUGUUACAAAUGUUGGGCAGCUCAGUAUUCGCAGCGAUUCGUCCCUGCUUCCGUUCUCUUGGCUGUGGGUUCCGGUCAUGAUGCUGUGGCGGUGGAAUGCUUGA